AUGAUUCAUUCUGUCUUCAUUUUAUUGUUGGUUGUACAAACUGCGAUUUUUUCAGUUGAAUCAAACAAAAUAAAUUUAGUUGCUAAGAGAAAUAUUGAUGACAAUUCAACAUUAGCUGAAUGUGAUACAUGCUUAGCAGGGAUGAAUUUGGUUCACUACAUUCUUUCAGAAAAUUAUUGGGUAGAGAUUUAUAUGAUUGCAGCACAACAAUUAUGUCAGUCUAUUCCAUCAGAAAGUCUAAGAGACACUUGCCUGAAAUAUGUGAAUAAUUACCUUAAUAAUACUUUGAAAAUACUGGCUACAGCAGUGAAUCCUGAUUACAUUUGCAAGGCAUUACAAGCUUGUACAAAUAAUACAAAUUCUUUAACUAAUCGAAACAUCGGAGAUAGUAUAUUGUGUGAAGAAUGUAAAUUUGUUUAUAGUAGAAUACAAAGUAUUUUUACUGAUCACACAGAAACUAAACAAAUGAAAUCUUCACUGAAAGUGAUAUGUUUACUUUAUGCUUCAGACGAAUCAAAAUGUAAUAAAAGCAGAUCAAUCAUGUUAUGCACUUUGCUCUUUCCUAAAACUUUACAAACUCAUCUUCCAUUAAGUGGAUGUUACAUAUGAUUUAAAAUUACAGAAUUGAUCAUUUUGUUUUUCUUCUUCUUGUAACUAGGUUUCCUAGUAAAAAAAAUUGUGUGUUAUUUUUUUCUCUUUCUACUUUUGAUGUACUUUUAUGGUGUUACCGCAUAUGAGUCUAUAAACGUUUACCUUAUAAAUCACAAUCUUUAAUUUGAAACAUUUAGAUAAACUAAACUUAAGUAUCAUACAAUAAUCAUUUUC